AUGGUCUUGCACUUGGCACCACAGAUUAUUAAUAUCAUAGGAAAAGAGGUUAGCAUUACUAAGGCAAAUGAAGAUCUGGAAUAUGGAAGUGUUCCUGAUAGUGAAGAAGAGCUUCUUCAGUUUGUAAACAAUGAAACGAAGUGUGUUGAUAUAUGUCCACAUGAGCCUAUUGGCAUGGUUCCUAGUGUCCUUAGAAAGCUUAGCAAAAAGUCAUUCAUACCACGGGUGGUGUCUGUAGGACCUAUACAUAGAGAUAAUAAAAAUCUACAUGAAUUUGAAAGGAAGAAAGCUUCUUAUCUGCGUGAUCUAUUGUCUCGCUCCUGUAUCCAGAGACCAGAAGACCAACUAAAAGAAUGUCGGGAAAAGGUGAAAGCUAAACUUGAAAUUAUCAGGUCAUCUUAUGAUGACGUGAUAAUGGAGAAGUAUAAAGACAAAGAUGAUCAGCUAGCCAACAUGAUGGUUCUCGAUGGUAGCUUUAUACUUGAAUUCUGCUUAAAGCGGGAUAAUAAAGAAGAAACCUUGUUAAGCAAAAUACAAAUCACUUGGAUUGCCAUUGACCUAAUGUUGCUUGAAAACCAAAUACCUUUCAUUGUUCUUCAAAUUAUCUUCAAUUACACCAUUAAUAACAAACCCCAUCCAAAAAAUUACCUUACUUGCCUUCUCCGUAGAAUUCUAGGAACGUACGUUCAUCCCUUUUCUAUUCCUGAUAAAGAAGUCACUGAUGGUAUAUGGUUUUCUAAAUGCUUUCCUAAAUGGUUUUCAAAAAUGGUCGGUUCGAACAAAAAAAAACCCAAUGAUGAUCCAAUAGAUAAACUAUUCCCGGAUAAUUCAAAAGAUUCAGAACAUGCCCAUGUUCUUGCCUGUUUACACAAAAUUUACAAAGUUAAGCCAUCAAAAAUGGAUGGUCAGCCAUCACAAAUGGAUAGAGAUGUUCAGGCCUCAUUGAAUUACAAUCACUCUGUUGUGGAACUGGACAGGUCUGGGGUGAACUUUACGCCGCAAAAACAGAAAGAGGAGUCAAUAUCAAUGAAUAUUAAAAAAUCACGUUCAUGCUUUCAUUUGUCGCCUUGGACCAGGCUUACACUUUUUAUGCCAACACUUGUGAUCCAAGAGUUUACUGAGGCAGUAUUGAGGAACUUUAUUGCAUAUGAGCAAUUUUCCCCUGAAGUGGACUACUACUUUACAUCAUAUGCAUCUGUCAUGGAUAUGCUUAUUGAUAGCAAAGCGGAUGUUGGUAAGUUGGUUGAGUCAAAAGUCAUUGUCAACAAUCUUGGUUCAAACAAAGAUGUGGCAAGAGUCAUCAACGGCAUAUGCGUAAACAUAGAGAUUGAACGUUUCUGUCACUCUGAAGUGAUACAAAAAUUGGAUAAGUACUACGAAUCAUACUGGCCCAAACAUUUUGCAUAUUUGAAACGUACGUAUUUCGGGAAUCCAUGGACUGUGAUUGCUUUCUUUGCGGGAUUCAUCGUGUUUGGCCUAACCGUUCUUCAGGCCGUCUUGAGGAUCAUGGACAGAUGA